GUGCAGCCUGGAGACCCAGCAAAGCCUCGUCGGGGCUGAACCCACCAAAAACGGACAGGAAACAUCGAGCUGAACCCACCCGGAGGGAUGGACUUCAAAUGUCACCUACAGCUUCCACCCUGAGCCACCUCUUAUGCCCCAGCCUGGAUUUAUCUCCUGGUGGAUACCUGAACUUUGAGGGGAGCAGCACUCUGGCUGGGUGGCCAGAGUCACACUGCCGGCUUUGAUGUCCCCAUGAUGAGAUCGCACGUCGCCCAGAACCUGCCAUCUCAUCUGCCUGAUGGGGCUGAUCGAAGAGCGUGGAGAGGGGCAGCCCAAGCAUGAAGGUGACCGAGGGGAUGAGUCUCCUGGGGAGAAGGAGGAGCCGCAGCAGAGAAGCAGGCAACCAGAGUUUCCAUCCUGGGAGAAGAUGCCAUUCCACCAUGUAACAGCUGGCUUGUUGUACAAAGGCAACUACCUGAACCGCUCCCUCUCCGCCGGCAGCGACAGCGAGCAGCUCGCCAACAUCUCCGUGGAGGAACUGGAUGAAAUCCGAGAAGCUUUCCGGGUGCUGGACAGGGAUGGGAAUGGCUUUAUAUCCAAGCAGGAGCUGGGCAUGGCAAUGCGUUCCUUGGGAUACAUGCCCAGUGAGGUGGAGCUGGCGAUUAUCAUGCAACGCCUUGACAUGGAUGGGGAUGGCCAGGUUGAUUUUGAUGAAUUUAUGACUAUUCUGGGACCUAAGCUGGUAUCAUCAGAAGGCAGAGAUGGUUUUCUGGGAAAUACAAUAGACAGCAUAUUCUGGCAGUUUGACAUGCAGAGGAUAACACUGGAAGAGCUGAAACACAUCCUCUACCACGCUUUCCGGGACCACUUAACGAUGAAGGACAUCGAGAACAUCAUUAUCAAUGAAGAGGAGAGUUUAAACGAAAACUCUGGCAACUGCCAAACAGAGUUUGAAGUGCACGCCCAGAAGCAGAACAGACAGACCUGCGUACGGAAGAGCCUUAUCUGCGCAUUUGCCAUGGCCUUUAUUAUAAGCGUGAUGUUGAUCGCGGCCAACCAGAUCCUGCGGAGCGGCAUGGAGUAGCCUCUCGCCACGACACUGUGAACCCAACUGACCAUGCAUGCGCAUGCCACCGGGUGAGCUUCCCCCGAAACCGACUCUCACACGGCAAAGAGACAGAGGCAGGCAGAUAAAGCACCAUUCGACAAGGAGCCUGAGGCCAGCAGCGUAAUGUGUCUUUGUGAAUCAACCACAUCCUUUUGGCAGGGACAUAAAAGGGCUGUCUUAAUGCUUUAAAGGUUUUGUUUCCUAAUGCAAUAAAAAAAAAAAAAUAUAUAUAUAAUAUACAGGACUCCCGAAUUAUUGCUUCGAAACAGCAAUGGUAACUUGGAAGAAACUUUCAUCCAGCAGCCUGUUCUGCGGUUUUAAGGAGGCACGGCCUCGUGACUUACUGCAGCGGGGCUGUCUUUUAACCUAGGGCCCGACUGACUAUUCCACGUAGCUCUCCACGGGCCCACAUUCCCAGGAAGUUGAUCGUAGCAUUGUCACAAGCAAGUCCUUGUUCUUCGUUUUAUUCCACGUACUCCGGCUUCACUUUGUUUUUCCCUUAUGACCAUGCCUUUGAGUUUACGGCAUUAGAGGGGAGCUAGAGCAUCCUUGUACAGUAUUUUCAGAGUAAAAAAAGAGGAGAAAUUGCCAGCAUCAUACAAAGUUUCUAUUUUUGCUUCGUAAACGCCGCCUUUGACACAAGACUGUGGGGUAGCACGAGUCCAUCUGCCAUUUUUUUUUUUCUGACCGUGAAUCAGGGCUUGAGAAGCACCACCCGUUUCCACACAUGGGCAUUCCUGAGAUUUGUGCACAGUCUUCCAACCGACUCUGCAACCACCAGCGCCGGAUAGGACUCCCUCUGUUUGGUCCCAUCAGCAUAUUCAACAGCAUUUGCUUUCCAGCAGUUUUGCUCUUCUUCUAUAUUGGUCUUCAGUAACCUUAUCUGAGACGAAAAUCAUGAGGAAAAGCUCAGAAAGAGCUUUCCUCCCCUCUCCUUGCCUGCCCAAUUUUUAUAUAUUUCAUCUCAUAUGCCCUGGUUGUAAUGUGCAGUGAAACCUCUGUGUCAGAUGCCUCCUCAUGGGAGAGGUUAUGUUUUUGCCCACGCAGAAGUGUGUGGGUUUGACCAGCCAGCUGCUCCAGUCUCUCCCAGGAGCCAUCCCACCACCACCACCGUCCCAUGGGCAGGCUCCAAAGAGGGUAAGCUGAAAAGAAGACUGCAGCAAGAGAAGAAGGAAUCAAACUAGAGCAGACCGCCAUAUGUUACGUAGUGUGUCAGACUUUCAGAUCCUGCAAGUGUUAGUUAUUUUUCCUGGAAGAGAUCUUAAUGAGCAGCAAGGAGAAGAUGGAGUGAUGCAGACUAGAGACACAACACGUCCCGCAGAAAGCACAAGGACUGGGUGAGCCUGGAGCCAGGAUUACAUCUGAAAGCAUUUUUCCUUUUAAACUUGACAUUAAUCCUUGCAUUUACCCUCAGAUGAAUUGUGCACCUGUGUGUUGUCCCGGGAGAGAGCUGGUUUCCUUGCCCUCAUGGGAGAGGUUUCCCAGCUGGUGCUUAUGGAGACAGCAGAGGGAAUGCUCCCGGGGAGGGCCAAGGAGGCAUCCGGGCACUGGAAUUGUGGUGGCUUCAUCCUGCCAGCCAGGCUAGCUCCAGAAACACCAAGGAACAGUGAGAUCUUGCUCCUGUAAAUGUAGAUGACUGUUUUCUGUGUCACCAGAGGGGUCAGGAUGGCUCCCCAAGGGACUGCAAACCACGAGCUUCCCUUGUCCCACACAGCAGCCAUCGGCUUAUGCCUGGAUCCAUCCCAAAGACUCAUUUCAGGUCUUUCUUUGAUUACAAGUUUAACCAGUAACAUUUAACCUGUAUUUUCUAGUAGCCAGAUCUGAAAAUGUGCUUCUUGUUGUUCCGUCUCCCAUCACCCCUUUAAACUCAUGUCACCACUUUGGAUUUUGCCUUUAGGUGUGUGUCUGUCGCCCACCUCCACAUCGUUGCCAUUCUCCUGGUGCCCCCCUCCAUCCCCGACGAGGACAGCUGUCUUUACAGAGCAGCUGAGUUGCUGUUUUCUGCCUUUCACAAACACACACCUUUGUGUUUCUGUUCUGCUGUGACUAAUGGAGGUCAACUGCCAAAUAUUCCGCAGAAAUUGUUGCAUCUCCCAGAAGAUGGAGAGAAUUAUGUUUGCCGUAGGGCAGCAGCAGACUUCGAACCAACAGUGGAAAAUCUUAGGCAAGCUCUGAGCGGGGGAUCUGCACCGCUGGGGAGCCGAGGCACGCUCCCAGCGCCCGCUGGACAUCGCCGAUAAUGAGCUUUGAGAUCAUUUUAAGGGAACUGACAUCCACAUUUUUAGGUCUCAGGGGCAUGUGAAAAGGUGGCAGCAGCAGAAGAAAAAAAAAAAAAAAAAAAGUCUAAAUGUUACUUGCCACCCAGUAAUACUUACUAAGAUAUUUUUUUUCGCCCCGGGACUGUGCUGGCGUGACCGUGGGCAGCGGGGGCAGAUGGAGAUGGAGCAGAGAGGUGGGCACCAACCCACCAGCCCCACUCAGCGACGGCAGAAACACGGGGCAGAGCGGUGCCUCUUCGCUGAGCCCAGAAACACACGCUAAAACCCAUAGACCAGGCAUUUCUCCAUGUUCUUCUCACUCACCUGACAGCUGAUACCGGGCAGAGUCCGACUGUAACAGCUACCUUACAGACGAGAUGAUCUUUUGUGUUCCUUUAAGCUUUCUGGAAGGCUCCAUAACUUCUACAUGCAUGCUUCAUAAAAGCCUUUGUAAAUACUGUCAUUUUUAGUAUAAUUCUUCACCUUGAAGCUCCAUUUGUAAAACCAAACUAUAAUUAUUAUAUCGGUAAAAGCCAUAGCCCGGUGUCAGUAGAGUUCAUUGAAAACUCCCCACUGAUUUUACUGGGUACAGGAUUUGAGGGGUUUUUGGGGUUGCUUUUUCUGUAGGGAACCCAAUUUAUCCAUUAUGAAUCAGUGUCAUGUCUUGCCAGAGGUCUCCUUUCCCUUCCUGGAACAGCCUUUCUCCAUCUAAAGGCAUCUUGAAGAGAUCCCUGCUUUAAUCAGUCGGGCUCCUCUGGUGGCAAUGCAGAAUGGAUCAGGCCAAGCCAUUUCAUCCUUUCCUCCCCCGACAACCUUUCUACCAACACCUUCCCAUCCUUCCUAGCCAGCAGCACUGGACCUGUGCCUCUUACCUACCUCCCUGGCUCCAUUUAUGUAACAUCCAUUUAUCUUCUUUUUUUUUUUCUUUUUUUUUUUCUUCUACACAAGAAGGAAAAAAAAAUGGGGGCUUUUUGUUGCUUUUACAGACAGUAGGUAAAAAUAGAGCAGUAAAAUUUUGAUUGGAACCUGAUGGCAAAAGCUUAGGGGGAAGAAAGUAGAAGAAUCAAAGAAAUAAAAAUAAAAAACCCCACAUCCCAUACUUCAAGAAAAAAAAAACUUUAAGUGCUAAUUAACAUACUUUAAAAAAUACCCAGACUGCAGCAGUGCUAGGUAGAGCUGUCAGAAAAAGCACUAAACUUAUGCUCUUGCCAGUUACAUGAGAAUUUAAGUGUCUUUUCAGCACUGCAAUUCUGUACGAAAAGGAUAUUGCUAUGGCAACCCUCGCUGUUCGUGACAUGUGUGCCACCGUGCCGGAGCCACACGCAGCAACUGCAGACGCACGCCCAGCCCAACCAGGGAUGGACAAAGAGCUCCCAACAGCCCGGGACAGCAUUUCAGCUCAUGAAUUAGCAAAUUAUGAGCAAAUUGGGAGCACCCCAAAGGCAACUCUCUUGGCUUAGCCACAAAAAUAAUGUGUGCAAUUAAACAGAUUGACACGCAGGGAAGGCUUUGAGAUGGACAUGGUUAUUUUAGCUUGAGAGAGGUUUUGGUUUUGGGAGCAAGUGAAAUCAAUGCAGCAUAAGCACUGCUCAACAUAGGUUAUCCAGGGCUUGUUGAGGACACUUUAAGCAGGUUCUGCAUGGAGGGAUUGUUCUCUGAUGAGAAGGAUUUGAGUUACUGCUCCUGCAAGGCAGUGGGCUGCGUCACUGAUGACACUGACUUUGACUUUAACCAUUGGCUUUAACUUUGAAGGCACAUCCUGAUUCUCUGCUCCUGGAGAAGCCAAGGAGUGAUCAGCACGUGGCACACUGAAAUACUUUGGAGGCCACGGAGAAGUGAAUUCCAGCAAAAGCUGCUUGCUGGAGGACCAUUGCUUACCUGUCAGGUCGAAAGCCAUACCAUAAAGUCAGCCAUGAAGAAAACCACAGCUGAGGAGUUACCAGGGAGGACAACUGUCUCAUGGUGGUGACGGUGGCCCUGGAGAGCAGACUCCUGCCCACGACAGGCUGUGCCACUCAAGGACUACGUUGGGGCCUGAUCCUCUCAAUGAGUCCACCACUCAGAAGUAAUUUCUGAUCAGAAGCAAUAUCAACUGUAAUUUAAAGAAUUAAACAGGGUGGGCAGCUGGGAAAACUUGGCUUUGUUAAGAAGAAAUUGGUCCUCAUGCUGUUAGAGUUCAUACAGGAAAAAAGAGAGUUGACAAAGAAAAAGUAAUUUUUUUUCAUGUUUGAUGGGCACCCACAAAUAUGCCAGUUACUGUUAGCAGACACCCUGUCCUGGUGAAGGUGCUCACAGACCCCCCCCAGGACAAGGGUCGCCUAUGAGCAGAAAGGUGGGAGGUGGUAGGAGACACAGCUCCUUGCCCCUGCUCCCAGGUGAGCUACAGCUGAGCAUUUGGGUAUCAUCUGGUGAUUUGGAGAGGUUUUAUAGACUGGGCAGUGGUUAUUGGGAGCACAGAUGUUAGAUGUGGUGCACUGGUAGGGCUGUAUGUUGGUUGCUUUAUGUGGGAGACUCCCAGCAACUUUGUAAGGUGGGGUAAAUGGGCUUUUUUUUGGUCCUUCCACCAUAAGAUAGGAUAGCAAGCAAGCAGAUGAAAACGAGGUAGAAAGCAUUCCCAAGAAUGCUACUCUGGAUGGCUGACAGACUUGGAUAAGCAAAGUACCUACUGGCAAGCUUUUUUUUUUUUUCCAUGAAAAGCAUAGGAAUAUCCUUUCACAAAAAAAAACCCCAUGCUGCAUCUUUCGGCCCACUGCAGAAGACCAAAACAUCUCCUGGGACACCCAUAGGACCGUGAUGGCUGUCGGAGGCCCAGUGCUGGCUCUGCUGGAGGUGACACGCUGCUUUGCGAGGUGUCUGGUACAAAGAGACUCAGCUUUUCUCCACGAAAGCCCCUCUCCCCCCAGGCCGUGCGCGGAGCCGGCAGAGCUGCGAAGGGCUGUCACCCACAAUAGCGAGAGGUGCACGGUCCCCAGUCAGACGUGGAUCUGUGAGGAGAGGAGCAGUAGGAGGAAUACAUUAAGAUCACUAAGAAUGAAGUUCCCUAUUUUAUCCACCCGUGUAAUAAAUUAUUUAGUUUCUGCUUUAUGGAUGACUAUUUGAAAGAAGAAAAACCAACUCUUCUAAAAUGAGAAUCUGAUGAAGUAUCUUUUUUCUUGGCUCUGAAUCAUGCUUACAUUCCACAGAUGAAGAUGUACAGAACUUGCUGGUUUUCAAUCUAUUAUUUUACUGUACUGCGUUCUGACAGUGCAAUUACAUUUCCCUGGCAUCACUUAAAGCCUUUUACUUUCCUAGGAAUUUAAAACAGAAAAAGAAAAGGCUCACAACAUUUUCAUCUCUAUAUAUUGGCAGUUGUUACCAGGACUGGAUCUUGUUGAUCUCCAGUUCAGGUAGGACAUUUUAGGCAGCUCUAGGAACUGUAGAAGCAUCACCAGACGUGAGAUGGACAGAAAAUCUGACAAUAUUUUAAUUGGAAGAGUAUUCCACUCCUACCUCUCCAGUGGCAAAAGUCUAAAAAACUGCCUCAAUUUGGCAUCUUCAGUAGGAAAGAAUUUCAGCCCCAGAAGUGAGGAGAAGAGGGAGGAAAGAGAAAAAGGAAAUCCUCUGGAUCUAAAGAUUGGUACUUGACAAUUUGAUGAUGAGUAUACCAUAGGAUUUUUUUAUUUUCUGUCAAGACAGACCAAAAUACUUUGUAGCCUUGAAGAGCAUUACUCAAUGAAGUUGCCAUUUUCCGACCAAUUAUUUUCUACAGCUGUUCACAGCCAGUCUUUGCCAGCAUCAAGAAUAAGCAGCUUCAAACACUGCUAUUUUUACAAAGCUUUAGGUGAGAUCCAUUAUAUGACCUUCCUUUAUCAGCUGGUGUUCUGUCAUCAUCAGCCAACGAGUAGACAUUUGACCAUCCCAUGUGAAGCUGUUGAGCUUGCUCCCAUAGGUCCCCCUCUGGUCUUGCCAGCUCUCAGGCAUGUCCUGUCUCUCUUGUGAGCCAUCCCACCCAACCCAAACCAUACAGCCGAUGUGUUUGCAGUGUCAGGCCCCUUGGGGUUGCCAUUUGACAGUCAUCUUCAAAUAAAUGCCUCUAUAUUCCUGUUGCACCAACCCCAAAAUUGUAUAUUACAUUUCUUACCGCCUCUUUCAGAGGAGCCAAAGUUAUUUCAGCUUCAUGCAGCAGCUCUUUUUUUUCUCAAAUUUUUAAUUGGGGUGGGGGGUGGAAGAGAGAAGAAGUUCCUCUCGGACUCCAGGGUAAAUCAGAAGUAACUCAUUAGAGUUAAUUGGCUUAAACUAGAAUAAGCCCAGAAUCCAGCCUGUUGCCAUUUAAUCCAUACUAGGAUCUAAGUAAUCAAUGCCUCCUGAUUCAUCUCUAGGAAGUCUAAUACAUGCACAUCCUUUUUUCCCCUCAUUUCAUCCCUCACUGUUGUCAAGUCAUUUACCAUUCAUUGUUAAAAACUGACCAUUUUGUGCUCGUUAACAAAAGACAUGGCAUUUUAAUUAAAGACAACAACUCACAAAGUCAGCAGCAUAAUGGUAAAAACAAAUACAAAAAACUUUGUACAAAAUAUUGUAAAUAUUAAUAUAAAUUAACUUGGCAUGCAGCUUAAAUCCUAUGUUAUUGCAAGUUACCCAAGUGUAUAAAGACGUGUAUAAAGGAAAACCGAAUGCCAUAUGUAUCGGCUGUUUCCUCUAACCAAACACUACUGUAAAUAUAUAAUCUGUAUAAAAAGAUUUUAAUUUUACCAUUAUUUAUGCAAUAGAAAUAAAGGUUUUUUUCUUUUGAUGAGG